CCGUAUUCAUACUACCCCCACUGCGUCCUAUCCCUUCCAUUUCUCUCUCCAUUUUUUUUUUCUCACACACUCUCCCCACCAAAAAACGCACAGUGCAAAAGCAAUUUGCAUUUUGAGCCCUAGAACUGAACUUCUAGCUUAGGGUUUCUGCAUUUAGUUGUUACUGUUAAGUCAUGUGAGGUUUGAAAUCGCAGCUUAAAUUCGGACUAGCCGUUAAGGCUUAGGUUAAUUUUUGCCACACUUUCUGCUCGGGAAUUCUCGGAAUUAUCGGAAUCUGCGGUCGAUUCCAAUGGGGAACUGCUGCAGAUCUCCGGCGGCAGUUGCCAGGGAGGACGUAAAGUCGUCCGGACACGAUCACGGACGAAAGGACAAGUCCGGUGCCGGAGCCGGCAAUAAGAAGGCUAAAGCAGCUGCGGCGGCGGCGGCGAUCACUGUGUUAGCUGAUGUGAAGAAGGAGAACAUUGAGGACAAGUACUUAGUUGACAGGGAGCUCGGGCGGGGGGAGUUCGGAGUAACGUAUUUGUGCAUUGAUCGGGAUACAAGGGAGUUGUUGGCUUGCAAGUCGAUUUCGAAGAGGAAGCUUCGGACGGCGGUGGAUGUGGAGGACGUGAGGCGAGAGGUUGCGAUAAUGAAGCAUUUGCCGAAGAAUUCGAGCAUUGUGAGUUUCAGAGAGGCGUGUGAGGAUGAGAAUGCAGUGCAUUUGGUGAUGGAGUUGUGCGAGGGAGGGGAGCUUUUUGAUAGGAUCGUGGCGCGUGGGCAUUACACGGAGCGGGCUGCCGCAGCAGUGACGAGGACUAUUGUCGAAGUGGUGCAGCUAUGUCACAAGCAUGGAGUGAUCCACAGGGACUUGAAGCCCGAGAAUUUUUUGUUUGCCAAUAAGAAGGAGAAUUCUCCCCUCAAAGCAAUUGAUUUCGGUUUGUCAAUCUUCUUCAAGCCAGGCGAAAAAUUCUCUGAGAUUGUGGGAAGCCCUUAUUAUAUGGCUCCAGAAGUGCUCAAGCGGAACUAUGGACCAGAAAUUGAUAUAUGGAGUGCAGGAGUAAUACUUUAUAUAUUGCUGUGUGGAGUCCCACCAUUUUGGGCUGAAUCGGAACAAGGUGUUGCCCAGGCCAUAUUACGCGGGUUAAUUGAUUUCAAACGUGAACCUUGGCCGAGUAUAUCAGAAAGUGCCAAGAGUCUUGUACGUCAAAUGUUGGAGCCAGAUCCUAAGCUUCGACUUACAGCGAAACAAGUUCUUGAACACCCUUGGCUCCAAAAUGCUAAAAAGGCUCCAAAUGUUCCUCUUGGAGAUGUUGUCAAGUCAAGGCUCAAGCAGUUUUCUUUAAUGAAUAGGUUCAAGAGAAAAGCUCUUAGGGUCAUUGCCGAUUUCCUGUCAGUUGAAGAAGUUGAAGACAUAAAGGAUAUGUUCAAGAAAAUAGACACGGAUGAUGAUGGGAUCGUUUCAAUAGAAGAACUGAAGCUUGGACUUCCAAAGUUGAAUUCUCAGCUAGCCGAAGCUGAAAUACAGAUGCUUAUUGAAGCUGUAGAUACCAAUGGCAAAGGAACCUUGGACUAUGGAGAAUUCCUUGCUGUUUCGCUCCAUCUACAGAGAAUGGCUAACGAUGAACAUCUUCAUAAAGCCUUUUCAUACUUCGACAAAGAUGGAAAUGGCUACAUCGAGCCAGAUGAGCUACGUAAUGCUCUGAUGGAGGAUGGAGCAGAUGAUUGUACAGAUGUUGCCAAUGACAUUUUCCAGGAAGUUGAUACCGAUAAGGAUGGACGAAUAAGCUAUGAUGAGUUUGUGGCCAUGAUGAAAACUGGUACAGAUUGGAGAAAGGCUUCUCGGCAUUACUCAAGAGGACGAUUUAAUAGUUUAAGUAUAAAGCUGAUGAAGGAUGGUUCUCUUAACUUGGGAACUGAGUGAAUUUGAAGCUGUCAGACCCAAAAGUAAUCUUUCGUGACCGUGGAUAUUUCUCUAUUUCGGGCCGAGACCUAGAAACUUUUUAUCAAGGAUUUUAGCAUUUAGGGUGAACCUAAUAUAGGUUGGGACCCUUAAGCCAUGACCAGAUUGAGCUGGCAAGUGGAAACAAGUUCAUAGAUUGGGCUUUGCUUGGGCAUCUCUGGUGAAGUUGAUAACCAAGGUCAAAAAUGCUUUGCGAAUCACAACAAUUCUGGACCAUUUCAUCUCAGUUUGUCAGUAUCAUCAGUAGCGUCAAAUCAAAUGAUGCUUCGAGCAGCAUCUCAAAAGACUUUAAAUUAGGCACAUGUUAAAACUUUGGGGGUACUUCAUAAUGUAACGAAGUCGGCAGUCAGCGGUAUGGCAGCACCACCCGAUUCUCGAUUCACUAGCUAAUUUAGCAUAUAUGCAUUUGGGCACGAGGGAGUUGUUCAUGGCUGUUUGGUUAUGUCAGUCAGUAGGCAGUGACCAUCACAAAGAUAAUGCUAUGUCAUCUUCAAAAUAGAACACGAUGCCACCACGUCUCCUACUCUAGUUGCUUAAACUUUUGGUAAAUGACUUGUAAGGGUUCAUUUCUCACGUGAGACUUUUCGGGGUGCUAUGUAUUUAGAAGAGGAAGAAGAAAAUAAAAUACUUCACUCCAUUAGCAUAUAAUAGGACACUUACUUGGAAUUGGAAUGAAAAGAAUAACUUGUAAAAUUAAGAUGUACUCCC